AACCUCGCAUUCGACCAAAAGUCCUCUGCGCCUCGAGCAGCCGCCGCUAGCUAGCCAGCCAGACAUGGACGCCACCGGCACCGGAGCGGCUGGGAAGGUGAAGAAGGGAGCCGGCGGGAGGAAGGCCGGCGGGCCGAGGAAGAAGUCGGUCUCGCGCUCGGUCAAGGCCGGGCUCCAGUUCCCCGUCGGCCGUAUCGGCCGCUACCUCAAGAAGGGCCGCUACGCCCAGCGGAUCGGCACUGGCGCACCCGUCUAUCUCGCCGCCGUCCUUGAGUACCUGGCUGCUGAGGUGCUGGAGCUCGCCGGCAACGCGGCCAGGGACAACAAGAAGAACCGGAUCAUCCCGCGCCACGUGCUGCUGGCGAUCCGGAACGACGAGGAGCUCGGGAAGCUGCUGGCCGGCGUCACCAUCGCCCACGGAGGCGUGCUCCCCAACAUCAACCCGGUGCUGCUGCCCAAGAAGACGGCGGAGAAGGCCGCCGCCGCCGGCAAGGAGGCCAAGUCGCCCAAGAAGGCCGCCGGCAAGUCCCCCAAGAAGGCAUAGACUCGCUCGUCGUAGGACGCUUUAGCUGGUAGAUUGGAAGCUGUGUAAUGCCGUGGCGGGUGUUUUGUUUGUAGUCUGGUGGUGUUUAUCUAUGGUGUCGCGUCGAACCCUGUGACCUGUGCCCCCGUUCGAAGAUAAAUUUAAGAGAUGUUAAAUUUUUCUUCAAAUCUGUUCUUGUUCCAUCUGCCUUGGCUGUGGAGAUCUAUGUUUAGGGUCUGUAAUAUUGAAAUAUAGUUGAAGAGCACGCAAAAUUUUAUG